AUGGCGAAACCACUCUCUCUUGCGGGAUCGGGACGCUGGUAUGGGAACGAUGGGAGCUGGACAGGCUUCUCAGUCCAAGUGGGAACGCCACCACAAACGUUUGAAGUAUUCCCAUCUUUUCAGUCGCAGAACGUGUGGCUACCAAUCGGCGAAGAGUGUUCGCGAAUCCAAGCCGAUGCGGGAGCGUGUGGUAGCUCUCGCGGUGCAGCACCUUUUCAACAAAGUCCAAGUCCCGGCUUCCAGCCAAACAUGUCUUCGUCCUGGCAGGCCAUCAAUCUCUUCGAACUGGGGCUUGAGAAAGUCCGUGGUAUAACGGGCAAUGGAUUUGUCGGGCUGGACGACGUCAAAGUAGGGAAUAUCUCGCUUGACAAAUUUCCUGUCACUGCAUACGCUUCGCCCGGCUUCUGGGUAGGGCAACUCGGCCUUUUGCCAUUGUCGAUAAACUACUCCACAACAGUCAACUCACCAUCGUUCCUAGUCGCUUUAAGAGAUGGGGGGCAUAUACCGAGCGUAGCGUACGGUUACCAAGCAGGCGCUCCGUAUCGGGGUACCAAGGUGCCAGCAAGUCUGGUGCUUGGAGGUUAUGACAGCUCGCGUGCGUCAAAACCACUUACUGUUAACAUCAACACCGACAUGAGCAGAGCGUUGACAGUUUCUAUACACGACAUUGUAGCGACCGGCACUUUGAACGGCACACUAUCUCUAGUUAACAGCGAGCGAAUUAUUGCGCCCCUCGACUCGUCAAUUCCUGAACUAUGGCUCCCCAAGUCGGUGUGCGAUCGCUUUGAGUCUGCAUUUGGGUUGCAAUACCAUGAAGGAUCUGGGCGUUAUCUUUUGUCAGACGCUCAGAGAGACCGACUUCGGUCGAUGAACCCCGUUGUGACAAUGACGAUUGGCUCAGACAUCUCCAUAUCCGGCAACAGUACCAUUAUUCAACUUCCAUAUGCUGCUUUCGACUUGCAAGCAGGUUUUCCGAUUUUUGUCAACGAGACCAAUUAUUUCCCGAUCCGCAGGGCUGACAAUGACAGUCAAUACGCAAUCGGCAGAGCUUUUCUCCAGGAAGCGUACAUUGGCGUGGAUUUUGAGUCAGGAACUUUCAACGUCAGCGCGGCAAAAUGGGACAAGCUAGACCCAGAAAUCAUUCCGAUAGCAUCAUCAGAAAGCAGAGCAGCCGCUGAGAAGAAGGGUGGUUUGCCGACUGGCGCGAUAGCUGGAAUAGUUGUCGGAUGUGUAGUUGGAGUAGCUCUGCUCGGUGUAUGUGCAUGGUUGGUGAUGCGGAAAAGAAAGCGCAAGAAUAUUACACAACAUGACGCUGUCGAGACAGCGGCGAACGAGAAAAUAAGAUACGAGAUGCAGCCCCCUUCGGAACUGGAAUCGAACGCUCUGAGAGUUGCGGAACUUCCGGGGAAGCAGGGAAAAAGUGAGCUGUACGAAAGCAGGGCGGUGCCUGAACUGAGCAGUCGAGAUUGCAUCCAUGAAAUGCCGGCAGAGCCUGUUCCCGGACUGCUGGCCAAGCAUGAUGAGGGCGCAGACCAAAAUGAAGCUGAUGAGAGGAAACAAGAGAGAAGGAGUCAAUAG